AUGUCCGCCGCUCAGGGCGCAUCUGAACUAUUGCAUACGGGAAAGGUGUGGCAGACCCUCCACGUAGCCAUCAAAUCAGCCCAGCUCUCAAGUCUGUCCAUGUAUGAGGUGGCAUGGUGGAUGGACGUCGUGGUGAUCUCUGACCUUCCCUUCAACUUGCUGGGCGGUUGGAACCUGGGACUUGGAUACCUCUCCAAUCCCCACCUUGCGUUUAUUUCUUCUUCCUCUUCUCCUAUCUGCUCAACCGACAACCGGAAUGUCCCAGAGUCAUGGAUCAAAGUCAAAGGUUCCAUGGAGUUGAUGUGGUGGUUUUGUCCUUGGAUCCCUUGCCCGCCGCACGCGAGCACAUCAUCCACCCCCAUUUCACUCCGACCCUGCGCCAUUCACCCGCCUGGCCCCCUUCCAGACUCCAAUUGUAGUCUGAGAAUACCGCGCCUGUCCCACUGUCCCGCCGAGUACGCCCACUUCUUCGGGGUUACUCGUAACGGCGCGCGGUGUAAGACCCAUUCACCGUCAUCCUGUGUGGUCCAGCAGGAGAGAUCCACCCCUCACACCCCCCUUAUCCUCUUCUUAUCAUCCAUCCCGCUUUCUUCCUUCCUUCCUGUCCGCUGUUGGUUCCAGUAG